AUGGAAGACCAAAGGACGACGCGCGCUACCAAAUGGGGUGCGGCAUGUGCUCCCUGUGCUGCGGGCAAGACGCGAUGCAUUCGCAGCGACUCUGAAUCUCCGGGCGCCUGCGAUCGGUGCCGGAAAUUGGGGAAGCAGUGCUCUGACCGGGCUCCCAGACCAAGGAAGAAGCGACAGGCUAAGACAGCAAAGUUACCCCAGUCUGCGGGGAUUUCCAAUGACCUGGUAGAAGCAUUCGAAGCCUUGGGCCAGAGCAGUAUCGGAACCACGCCAAGCUUCAAUCAACUUGGUCCGUCGUCUCCAGCUAGAACAGGAUCCCAAGCCCAAAGUAGAACGAGCGAAGAGAGUGUCCCCAAAGCGCCAGUUCUUGGAUUAGGAUUUGGCCCACCCCAAUCAUGCACCUGCAGUAUGCCAACAGACAACGAAGACCACAUGCCCUUGGAGUCUGACGAAGCGUUACUGGCCAUCUACAGGAGCCAACUAUCCCCCCGUUUUCCAUUCGUCAUUAUUCCUGCUAGCUCAACGCCGAGGAAACUAGAGGUGGAGCGGCCCUUUCUUUUCAAGGUGGUUAGAAUGGUUGCCAGUGUACGCAAUCUAUCCUCAAUAAGAGGACAGAGCCAGUCGAUCCUCCGAUAUAUCUCUGAAGCUAUGAUACUCAGGUCAGAGCGCUCUCUCGAUCUGUUGCAGGGGAUAUUGGUCUUCUUGGGAUUCUAUCACUAUCACUGCAUGACCCAUGCGCAGUUCAGCAAUCUGGUUCAUUUGGCUGCGAGUCUCGUGGAGGACAUGAAUCUGAACGUAUCUUACUCGCCUCAAAAUAGCGCGGGUAUCCUUCCUUUAAUGCGGGGUCAGGGUGCGAGGUCGAGGACUAAUGAGGAGAAUCGGACACUGCUUGGUGUGUGGUAUAUGAGUUCAAAUGCUGCUCUAGUUACUAAACACUUGGGGCCUGCAAGGUACACGAAAGAUCUGGACCACUGUCUGAGAGAACUUGAAAGUAUCGCGGAAUAUGAGUCGGACCAACUAACAGUGCAGCUGGUCCGCUUUCAAAACACCACCAACAAGAUAUUCCAUUUCCAUUCCAGAGACCAGCAAAUGGAUGAGCUCCCUGGCACGCGAACAGUCUCGGCCACGGAAUGCUUAGAAGUGUUCCAGGCGGAGUUGGACAACUUAUGGCACGCUUCGUCCCCCAAGUUCAGAUCCAAUUGUCUUAUUUCAUGUCACUACAGAAGUGCAUAUCUCCAGCUGCUUGAGCCUCUGCUGACCGGAGCGCAUCUCCCUGGUGCCGUAUCUCAAACCUUCGACUCCCUGUCACUCUCCGGCCUCUUCAAAGUCAAUCUCUUUUCGCAUUUCACGGCUGCGCUGAAGGCCUGGUUCGACAAUUGGCUCGCCUUGCCUGUGUGCUCCUAUUUUCACAUGCCCCAACCAGUCUCCUUUCAACUAUUUCACGCCUGCCGGGCUCUCAUACGAUGGGUCAGGGCGGCUGGACCAAACGCCAUCAGGCGCCCCGACUCCGGCGUCAACACAUCGCGAGGUUAUACGGCUCCUCAGCAGGCACUUCCAGCAAUGAGCGGGAUCCCAGAGUGCCCGGAGCUAAGUUCAAUAGAGCCUCCGAUUUCACACUCGUCUGCAACGAUGGCCACACAGCCUCUCGACUCACUGAAGGCUAAAGUGCUAGAACAAGCUGAUCUUCGAAUUGAUGUAUUUGGGCUCUUGGAUUCCAUGGCUGCUCGAUUUGAGUCUGCGAGCAAAGAAAUGGAAGCUGCCCAGGGAGGUACGUGGAACAAUAAUACUUGGGACGUGGCUGCAGAUCACAUCAGGAUCAAGAAGGCGAAGAUCGAAAAGUGGUGCGAGAUCACUUCGGUAGUGGGCAAUGAGGGUCGUGGCGGGCGGUCCAGCCAGGUGAACGGGAUUGUUGAGACCGCUGGAGAAAUCAGAGAUCGAGACAUGGCAGCGGAGUGGAGGAUGGAUGGCUUUGAAUGGCAUGUUCCUAGCGACAUUCAGGAGAACGGGCAAUGGGAGGCCGAGCUUUUCGAUGAAAUUAUGAUGGACGCCGAUUUAAGUGCUUUCUUGGAUGUUCCUGGAAUUUGGGGCCCUGACGCAUUGGACGAUAUGGGAACGACUGGAAGACUGGCCACAGCGAAUGCUUCUUGCUAG